AUGACAGUUGACAUUGAACAAUUCUUAAUCAAAGAAGAUUUUGAAGGUUAUGAAGAUCCAGCUAAAUUCGAAACUUUCAAACCAAAGAUUGAAAAAUAUCUUAAAGCUUUAAACGAUGGUAUAAAACCUGAAUAUUCAAUUACUUUACCAAAGUCAAUUGAUGAAUUGGUUAAAGAACAAUUCAAUCCAAUUGAAUACUUGUAUAAAGAAAAGUUAUUGACCGAAAAGGAAUUCGAAAUCACCGAUACUCCAGGGGUUGAAUUGGUUAAACAAAUGAGUGAAGGUAAAUUGACAGCUGUUGAAGUUUUCAAAGCUUUUGUUAAAAGAGGUACCAUUUGUCAUCAAUUCACUAACUGUGCUAUGGAUUUAUUCCCUGAAGAAGGUUUAGCUCAAGCUGAAGCUUUAGAUGAAUAUUAUAAGAAGAAUGGUAAAAUUAUUGGUCCAUUACAUGGUUUACCAAUUUCUUUAAAAGAACAAAUGGAUUAUAAAGGUCACAUUCGUCAUGCUUCUUACGUUUCACAAAUUGAUCAUGUUUGUGAAGAACAUGGUGCUAGUGCUGCUAUCUUAGGUAAAUUGGGGGCUGUUUUCUAUAUUAGAACCACUCAACCUCAAACUUUAAUGCACUUAGAUUCCGCUCAAAAUAUUACUGGUUAUACCAGAAACCCUUAUAACAUGUCAUUAUCCCCAGGUGGUUCAUCUUCAGGUGAAGGUUCAAUUUCUGCUUUUGGUGGAUCAAUUAUUGGUAUGGGUUCCGAUAUUGGUGGUUCUAUUAGAGGUCCUUCAGCCUUCUCUGGAUCUCACGGUUUAAGACCAACUUCCAAGAGAAUUGGUUUAUUAGGAGGUUUAUCAUCCGGUGGUGGUCAAGAAAGUGUUAUGGCAGUUGCUGGUCCAAUGUGUAGAUCCAUGGAUGAUAUCGAAUUAUGUAUGAAAGCUUAUAUUAAUGAUGGAAAACCUUGGGAAUUCGAUCAAAAUUGUUUAAGAAUGCCAUGGAGAGAAGUUCCAAAACCAGCUGCUAAAGACUUAACUAUUGCUGUUAUGUAUGAUGACGGAAUUGUUAAACCAACACCUCCAAUGGAAAGAGGUUUAAAAGAAACCGUUGCCAAAUUGGAAAAAGCUGGAGUCAAAAUUGUUGAAUUCAAACCAAUCAAAACUGAAUUAGCUUGGGAAACUGUCAAGAAAAUGUAUAAUUGUGAUGGUAACUACAUGCAAAAGAAAUUAUUAGCUGAAUCAGGUGAACCAUUAUUCCCAUUAACUAGAUGGGCUUUGAAUUUUGGUGAAGGUAAAACUGCUUUGACUGUUGCUGAAAAUCGUCAAUUAAAUAUUAUCAGAGAUCAAUUAAGAAACGAAUACAACAGAUUCUUACUUGAAAACAAGAUUGAUUUUGUGCUUUCUCCAUCUUAUAACAAUGUUGCACCAAAACCAAAUCAAGUUUAUAAUUGGUCAUACACUGGUUUAUGGAAUAUUUUGGAUUUCCCAACUAUGACUAUCCAAACUGGUUUAUUCCAAGACCCUAAAGUAGAUAAAUAUGAUGAAUCUUUCAAAGAUUACAAAUUCAGAUCACCAGUUGAAGAAUUAGAAUUGACUAAUUAUAAACCGGAAGAAUUUGUAGGUGCUCCAAUUGGUUUACAGUUAAGUGGUUUGAGAUAUACUGAUGAAGAAGUUGUUGCUGCUUCUAAACUUAUCGUCGAAAUCCUUGACGUUGAUUUAACUAAGAUUUAUUAA